AUGGCAGACUUUGGGACCCAGCGAAUCCUCCGGGAGCUUCUCGACUUUGGGGAUAAUGAUGAACUGGCUAUGAAGAUUCAUUACGAGGAUAACAACAUCCGCAAUAUCAAGGCUAUUCUCGUUGGAACCCCGGGCACCCCCUAUGCCUAUGGCUUCUACCAGCUAGAAAUUGAAAUGCCUCCUCAGUAUCCUGAAGUACCUCCCAAGGUAACUCUCUGCACCACGAACUAUGGGAACACCCGAUUUGGCCCGAAUCUCUAUGCAUCAGGCAAGGUUUGCUUGUCGAUUCUUGGCACCUGGACGGCUCAUCCUGGUGAGGGCUGGUCCGCGGCUCAAGGACUUGAGUCUACUUUGAUCUCGAUUCAGAGCCUUUUCAGCGAAAACCCAUACUUUCUGGAGCCUGGCAUGGGAUCCAGAAACCCCUCAGAACUUGUGAUCGCACGCAAGUACGCUAUGAAGGUUGCCCACGAAAACAUUCGACUGACAGUGCUUGCCCCUCUGCACCAUGCUAUGCAUGGAAAUGAAAGCAACCGCCUGGGUCCUUUCGCCGAGUUCUACAAGAAGCGCUUCUUAUGGUACCGGGAGAACUACAUCGCCACCAUCGACAAGUACCGUGAGAAUGCGGAGUGCCAGGGAAUCUUCCCCUUGGCAUUGUUCGAAUGUCAUGGGAACAAUGCAAUGCGAGGCAUCUGGGAUUGGGACAGACUAAAGCGGAAUCUGGGGGCCCUAGAGCACGAUUUAAUCACCGAAAUCAACGGCUGGCCCACCGCGGGCCUAGAUGCUCUCGCCAAUGACUUAUUUGUCGCCCACAAGCUCAAGGACAAAUUUGAGAGCCUCGAGAAAGCGAUGUCCGAGCGCGCUUCGGGAACUUGUGCUCUGGAGUUGGUUGAUGGAAACCCGUUCGUCUGGCAGAUUACCUACUUCGGCCAGUCAGAGUCCAUGUUGAGUGAUGGGGUUUUUAACGUCAAGAUCUGCAUCAGCACUGAUUUCCCCCGCGUUCAACCUCGGGUGUUCGUCACGACACCCAUCUUCCACGCCCGCGUCACCGGUGGCCAUCAGGUGAUGGCCUACUUGCCCGUGCGGUCCGACGAUAUGGCCGUCCACCUUGAGGGGAUCCUCAAUGUGCUGGAGGAGGCCUCGCCUCCUCCGUACAAUCCCCUCAUGGUGGUGAACACCGAGGCGGCUCGUCUGUGCUGGGAGUCUUCGGAUAACCAGCGGGAGUACCGCCGUCGGGUGCGCCGCAGCGCCCAGGAUAGCACCGAGGCUCUGUGA